GCUCCGGGAGGUCGGAGAGGAAGGACAGGUUUGCGUUUGCUGGCGUGGCACCCCCGAGAAGCCCAGCGCCUGAGCUCAACAUGUGCAUAAGGAGGCUUUUCCAGUCCUCCUGUCUCCCCUGGACAUGGAGAGCAGCUUUCAUGAAGUCCAUGCAGUGCAGGCAGCAGAGGACCCACCGAUGGACACAUUCUGGGGGUGGCACCUACAGAGCGGUGAUUUUUGACAUGGGUGGAGUUCUCAUUCCUUCUCCAGCCAGUGUGGCUGCAGAAUGGGAGGUACAGAAUCGUAUUCCUUCUGGAACUAUAUUAAAAGCUCUCAUCAAAGGUGGAGAAAAUGGACCCUGGAUGACAUUUAUGAGAGGAGAGAUAACAACAGAGGAUUUCUUAAAAGAAUUUGGGAGACUUUGCUUUGAAAUAUCAGAGACCUCCGUGCCCGUGGACUCGUUUUUCUCUCUGCUGACAAGUAAGCAAGUGGCGAAGCAGUUCCCAGUGAUGACUGAGGCCAUCUCUCAAAUUCGAUCGAAAGGCCUUCAGACCGCGGUCUUAAGCAAUAAUUUUCGUCUUCCCAAUGGGAAAAGUUUUUUGCCUGUGGACCAGAAACAGUUUGACGUGGUGGUGGAAUCCUGCCUGGAAGGUAUCUGUAAGCCAGACCCCAGGAUAUACCAGCUGUGCUUGGCACGGCUCGGCCUGCAGCCCUCCGAGUCCAUCUUUCUUGAUGAUCUGGGCCCAAAUCUAAAAGCAGCUGCCAGCCUUGGUAUUCACACCAUUAAGGUUGAUGACCCAGAGGCUGCAGUGAGGGAGUUGGAAGCUCUCCUGGGGUUUCCGUUGCGUGUGGGUAUUCCCAACACUCGUCCUGUGAGGAAGACCAUGGAAAUUCCAAAAGAUGCCUUGGAGAAGUACCUCAAGGGCUUGCUCGGGACCCAGACCACAGGCCCAAUGGAGCUCCUUCAGUUUGAUCACGGGCAGUCAAACCCGACUUACUACAUCAGGCUGCCCAGUCAUCAGCUGGUUCUGAGGAAGAAGCCACCAGGGACUCUCCUUCCAUCUGCCCAUGCGAUAGAGAGGGAGUUCAGGAUAAUGAAAGCCCUUGCAAAAGCUGGAGUGCCAGUCCCCAGAGUUCUUGACCUCUGUGAAGAUUCAAGUGUCAUCGGCACUCCCUUCUAUCUGAUGGAGUACUGCCCAGGCCUCAUCUACAAAGACCCCUCUCUACCAGGCUUGGAGCCCAGCCAGAGGCAAGCCAUAUACACUGCCAUGAACAGAGUCUUGUGCAAAAUUCACAGUGUGGACCUCCAGGCUGCAGGCCUUGACGACUAUGGGAAGCAAGGGGACUACCUUCCUCGCCAGGUGCAAACCUGGACUAAGCAGUACCGAGCUGCAGAAACCAGCACCAUCCCAUCGAUGGAGAGGCUCAUCCAAUGGCUGCCUGUCCAUCUUCCCAGCCAACAGAGGACCACAGUGGUGCAUGGGGACUUCAGGCUCGACAACUUGUUGUUUCAUCCAGACAAGCCAGAGGUGCUUGCUGUCCUUGACUGGGAGCUUUCUACCUUAGGCGACCCCCUUGCCGACGUGGCCUACAGCUGCCUCGCUCACUACUUGCCACCCAGUUUCCCCAUACUGAGAGGUGUCAGUGGCUGUGACUUGACUCAGCUGGGAAUCCCCACUGCAGAGGAGUACUUCAGGAUGUACUGUCAUCACACGGGGACCCCUCCUGUGGACUGCUGGAACUUCUAUAUGGCCUUCUCUUUCUUCCGCGUGGCAGCAAUCCUGCAGGGUGUCUACAAGAGGUCACUCACAGGUCAAGCAAGCUCAGCAACUGCUGAACAAAGUGGAAAGCUGGCUGAAUUUGUAGCUAAUCUGGCAUGGGAUUUUGCAGUCAAAGAAGGGUUCCGGGUUUUCAAAGAGAUGCCAGCCUCCAAACCAUUAAGAAGGUCCUACCACAUGUGGGCUGGCUCACAGUCCCUGCUGAGCCCCAAGGGCAGAAGGAGUUACAGCUCUGUUCCAGGAGCUUCCCCAGCUCAUGCCUCAAAGACAGCUCUGGUCAUCUCUCCAGAGGGCCUCUCUUCACCGGUCAGAGAGCUGUAUGACCGGUUGCAGAGGUUUAUGGAGCAGCGUGUAUACCCCGUGGAGCCAGAACUGCAGAGACACCAGGCCUCAGCGGAUAGAUGGAGCCCUUCCCCGCUGAUAGAAGAUCUCAAGGAGAAAGCCAAGGCUGAAGGACUUUGGAACCUUUUCCUACCCUUGGAGACUGAUCCUGAGAAAAAAUAUGGAGCAGGACUGACCAACAUGGAGUAUGCACAUCUGUGUGAAGUCAUGGGCACGUCUCUCUACGCUCCGGAGAUAUUUAACUGCUCUGCUCCUGACACGGGGAAUAUGGAGCUCUUGGUGCGCUAUGGCACCGAGGAGCAGAAGGCCCGCUGGCUGAUUCCUCUGCUGGAGGGCAAGGCGCGCUCCUGCUUCGCCAUGACAGAGCCCCAGGUUGCCUCAUCAGAUGCCACCAACAUCGAGGCUUCCAUCAGAGAGGAGGACGGCUUCUAUGUCCUCAAUGGUCACAAGUGGUGGAUCUCAGGCAUCCUAGAUCCUCGCUGCCAACUCUGUGUGUUUAUGGGAAAAACAGACCCGCAGGCCCCGAGCCACCGGCAGCAGUCUGUGCUCUUGGUUCCCAUGGACACCCCAGGGAUCAAAGUCAUCCGGCCUCUGACAGUGUACGGGCUGGAGGAUGCUCCAGGUGGCCAUGGUGAAGUACGAUUUGAGCAUGUGCGUGUGCCCAGGGAGAACAUAGUUCUGGGCCCUGGCCGAGGCUUUGAGAUUGCCCAGGGCAGGCUGGGGCCUGGCCGGAUCCACCACUGCAUGAGACUGAUUGGGUUCUCAGAGAGGGCCCUGGCGCUCAUGAAGGCCCGCGUGAAGUCCCGUGUGGCCUUCGGGAAGCCCCUGGUGGAGCAGGGCACAGUCCUGGCAGACAUCGCCCAGUCACGUGUGGAGAUCGAGCAGGCCCGGCUGCUGGUGCUGAAAGCUGCCCACCUCAUGGAUGUGGCAGGAAAUAAGGCUGCAGCUUUAGAUAUUGCCAUGAUUAAGAUGGUUGCCCCGUCCAUGGCCUACCGAGUGAUCGAUCGUGCUAUUCAGGCCUUCGGAGCAGCAGGCCUGAGCAACGACUAUCCCCUGGCUCAGUUCUUUGCGUGGGCCCGAGCGCUGCGACUUGCUGACGGCCCUGACGAGGUGCACCGGGCAACAGUGGCCAAGAUGGAGCUGAAGCAGUGCACUUAGGCUGCAGGACGCGGGAGCCCAUUGUGUCCUGCUGGCAUCUGACUUUCCUCCCUGGGGUGAACACAGACACUCACUAAAAUGUUAUUUUGGGGGCUGGGGUUGUGGCUCAGUAGCAGAGCGCUUGCCUAACACAUGUGAGACACUGGG